AUGGUUCUUCUGCGCCUAGAGGUGAAGGUCCUGCCGAGAGAGCAGGAGGUGGCCCUCUCGCCUGGGCGCAAUGCGUCUAACUCGGGCCUCCUUGCUCGGUUGAUUGGAAAUGGUACUGAACGAAGCAACAAAGAGCGCGACCAAGAAGACUGCUUGGAGCGCAGCCAGGAGGACAGCCAUGCUUCCCAGCGGGAGUCGACACCCUCGAAGAAGUACGUAUCUUUCUUGAUGCUUUUGAGUCACCCCGAGGAUAUCACAUUGGGAGAACUUGCAAGCAAAAUUACCGAUGAGUGGUCAACUUUCCGCCCUGAUCUAGAGCCCCUUGAAAUCAAGAAGCUCCUCGACGACGCGAACCCCAAUGUUGACCUCAGCUUGUCGAUGACUGUCGCCGACGUAUUCGUGGAUACCGGCAAGGCCCUCGCCGAUGGCCAUGACCAGCGUGCGACGGUCCGCCUUGUUCAAAAGCCCACCCCGUAUUGCCCUCAGCGCUUUUCUUCGGUGGUCCAGGAUUGGGACAGUGCAGUUGCAGAUGCGAAGCGCAAGACAAAGAAAAAUGCGGUCGCCAACCGGGUCUCUCCCAUUGCCGAAGAACGAGAUGAUUCAACUCAGGAGUCUCCGGCGCAUAAGCGGCAUCGGGAUGCACCCCUUCCCUCUGUCGAAGAUACCCAACACCAUUCCGUUCCUGUCACCCCUCCGAUUAUGAGCUUUGGGAGCGAGGAACUUGGAGAUUCACCCAGUCCACCAGAGCACAAGACUGAAUCUCGAAAGCGCAAACCGAGCCCAGAGAAAGAAGAACCUGUCAAGCAACCCAAAUUGACAAGCUCCCAGACAGAUCAAUUAACCAGCCCCAGUCGCAAGCGGACCAACGUGCCUGCCUUUGCUAGUCCUCAUCGACGACCAAGCGCUACUGAACGCCCGGCACAAAAUGCCCAUGGCCUUGGCCUUGGGAUUACCAAGAGCCCCUUGGUCAAAAAGCCUAGCAAGGGCACUCCCUCCAGUCAGACAUCCGUCCCUGCGUCUACCCCGGCUGGAGCCCCCGCGAGUAAGGUCCUGCAUUCUGCGCUGCGUAAAGAAUCUCCUGCCAGCUCCAAUUUGGACAAGAGACUGUCCGUUUCAUUCAAUCAACCGAUCGUCGAAGCUCAGUCCAGUCUGCAGUCCUCGCAGACUCAGAGUCGCAAAGCAAAAGCGGCCAAUAAAAGUACCCCGGCCAAAAAACCCGCAAAUGCUGCGCCUAGUAGUGCCAAUGCAGCUACUCCUGAAAACGCGAAUGAGCAAUACAUGCGCAUUAAGCAACAAAUCGAGGAGGAGAACAAAGAAAAAGCAACCCUGCAGGCUAAACUCGAAGAUCCCAACACUGAUCCUCAGUGCAGACGCAUUGUCGAAGAGUUUCUAGAUGUCUAUGCCCGGAUGAAGACACCGGCCUCGGAAGAUCGUAAUGGGAAAGCUCGGAGCUCUCGAAAUAUCCGCGGACUGAAAACGAGACUUCCUGGCCUUCGAAAACGUCUCGCUGAGAUGGAAGCGAAGCAAUCUACGCCUCAAGCUUCGCAAGAUGAACCUCCACUGCCCACAUCGGACACUCGGAUAACUCGCUCGAUUCCUUCACCGGCUGCUCCCCAGUCCAGUCUGGACCAGGCCCCAGCGUGGUCAUUUGGUCAGCUCGCGUCCUCUCCUACGCGGAAGCUGUCGGUGCAAGAAGAUCAAACACUUUCCGGCCGCCGAGGGCAUAGGUCGUCUGCGUCUAAGGAAUCCCCCAACAAGCCCAAGUCCCCUCCUGCAACCCGGUCUCAUCCCUCCCCCUCGGUUGUUAUUCAGUCCCCGCCUAGGCGCCAUUCUGAUGCAGAAACUGCAGCCAAGUCAACCCCUGCCAAGUUGCAAGAGCCCGCUGAAAUUCUCUCAAAGGCGGAAAAGGUUGAAAAUGGGGACAAGGAACUGGAAGAAUCUGCUGUUUCCGAGGCAGAAGAUGUCGAGAUGGAAGAUGCGGAAGAAGGAAAUCGAGACGACGAAAUGGCAGAGCAACAAACAAAUCCUAUCAGUGUAGUGGUCCAGAGUACAGGGGACAAUGGAGACGACGCUGAGGAAGAAGAAGCAAAGGAUUCGGGGGGUGACGUGCAUGAUCUCGUCGAUGAUACAGCCAAGGAUACGGAGGAAGAUGAAGAAGACGAGUCCAGCGAAGAAGAUGAUGACAGCGAAGAAGACGAGUCCAGCGAAGAAGAUGAUGACAACGAAGAAGACGAGCCUGGCGACGACGAAUCUGAAAAAGAUGAAACCGGCAAAGACGUUGCGAAUGGAUUUAUCGAUGACCAGGCAAAGGAUGAUCGAUUGGGAGAGGCGAAGAAAGACCGAGAGACACAGCCCAACGAGAGCAGCGCUCAAGACUCUGGUGUUGACGAGCGCAGCGACUCUGGAAAGGAGACGCCUCAGCCAUCAGCAAACAAAGAAGAGAAACCCAAAGAGGAUUCGAGUUCGAAUACCGAGUCCAGCGAAGACAGUUCGGAGAGCGAGAGCGAGAGCGAGAGCGAGAGUGAGAGCGAUGAGGAGUCUGGUUCUGAAUCAGAGUAA